CCGCGCGGACCAGCGUUUUUCCAAGCGAGCUUAGAGUGUAGUUGGUUUCUGGGAAUAGGCGUAGAUAUUUUCGAGGGCCGCAGUUUGCGCAGCGCCGGGCCGCCCGUAACGUAACCGAAGCGGGCUGGGGCGGCGGCAGCCAUUUUGUGCCGGGAACCCGGAGGAAGAAGACGCUGGUGUCUCCACACUUCACGGGCCCUGGAGCCGACCGAGAACCCCGGCGUUCCCUCCGCCGACGUCCAGCGGGUCUCUGACCCACUGACCACCUCUUCUCCUUUUGUAUCCCACCAAAGAAGCGAGGUGGCGCAAAGCGAUUCCUCCGAGACACAGCCGCCUCUGGCUGGCCCGUCUCCUCGAACCCCCAGUCCCUCGCCGUCCCCACGGCCGGCAUUCCGCUGCCUCUCUCCCACCCCUCCGGGUGCGAUGAGAGGCUUCGGGGACCGGGGCCGCGACCGUGACCGCGGCGGGUUUGGAGCAAGUCGUGGAGGUCCUCUUCCUCCAAAGAAAUUUGGUAAUCCGGGGGAACGUUUACGGAAGAAAAAAUGGGAUUUAAGUGAGCUGCCCAAGUUUGAGAAGAAUUUUUACGUGGAGCAUCCAGAAGUGGCCAGGCUUACUCCGUAUGAAGUUGAAGAAUUGCGCAGAAAGAAAGAGAUAACAAUCCGAGGGAUGGAAGGCUGCCCUAAGCCUGUGUUUGCCUUCCACCAGUGCAGCUUUCCACAGUAUGUGAUGGAUGCUUUGAUGGACCAGAAUUUUACAGAACCCACUCCAAUUCAGUGCCAAGGCUUUCCACUAGCCCUCAGUGGUCGUGAUAUGGUGGGCAUUGCGCAGACUGGCUCUGGGAAGACGCUGGCAUACUUGUUGCCUGCAAUUGUUCACAUCAACCACCAGCCAUAUUUGGAGAGAGGGGAUGGCCCAAUUUGUCUGGUUCUAGCACCUACUAGAGAGUUGGCCCAGCAAGUACAGCAGGUGGCUGAUGAUUAUGGCAAGUGUUCAAGGCUGAAGAGUACCUGCAUAUAUGGAGGGGCACCCAAAGGUCCCCAGAUCAGGGAUCUGGAAAGAGGUGUGGAGAUCUGCAUUGCUACACCAGGUCGCUUGAUUGACUUCCUUGAAGCAGGAAAGACCAACCUUCGUCGGUGUACAUACCUGGUGCUGGAUGAAGCAGACAGAAUGUUGGACAUGGGAUUUGAACCCCAAAUUCGUAAAAUUGUUGACCAGAUAAGGCCUGACAGACAGACCCUGAUGUGGAGUGCGACCUGGCCAAAAGAAGUGCGCCAGCUUGCUGAGGACUUUCUGCAGGACUACGUUCAGAUCAAUGUGGGAAACUUGGAGCUGAGUGCCAACCACAAUAUCCUGCAGAUAGUGGAUGUAUGCAUGGAAAGCGAGAAAGACCAUAAACUGAUACAACUGAUGGAAGAAAUCAUGGCAGAGAAAGAAAACAAGACUAUCAUCUUUGUGGAGACAAAGAGGCGUUGUGAUGAUCUCACUCGAAGGAUGCGCAGAGAUGGUUGGCCAGCUAUGUGUAUCCAUGGAGACAAGAGUCAGCCAGAAAGAGAUUGGGUGCUUAAUGAGUUUCGUUCUGGAAAGGCUCCUAUCCUCAUUGCUACCGACGUUGCAUCCCGUGGGCUAGACGUGGAAGAUGUUAAAUUUGUGAUAAACUACGACUAUCCGAACAGCUCUGAAGAUUACGUGCACCGCAUUGGCCGUACCGCACGUAGUACCAACAAAGGUACUGCCUACACCUUCUUCACACCAGGAAACCUGAAACAAGCCAGGGAGCUUAUCAAAGUUUUGGAAGAAGCCAAUCAAGCCAUCAAUCCAAAACUGAUGCAGCUUGUGGACCACAGAGGAGGAGGAGGUGGCGGAGGAGGUCGUUCUCGUUACCGAACGAGCAGUUCAGUAAACAACCCUAACCUGAUGUACCAGGAAGAGUGUGACAGGAGGCUCCGGGGAGUGAAAGAGGGCCGGAGAGACUCAGGUGGCUUCAGAGAUCGUGAGCGUGGUGAGAGUUUUGCCAACGGAGCCAACAAGACCUAUGGCAGUGCCUACGGGAGCCCAAAUUCUGCUUUUGGGGCAGCACAGAGCCAGUAUGGUUACACUCAAGGGAGCUAUGGAGCAGCUGCCUAUGGCACGAGUGGCUAUGGCACUGCAGAGUACAGUGCUAGUGGCUAUGGUGCCAGCACCACAGCUGCCACUGCUGGGAGAACCUCACAGAGCACUACCCAACAGCAGUAUGCAGGGAUGGUGGGGCGCUCGGGCCAGCAGCCACAGCCGCUCAUGUCACAACAGUUUCCGCAGCCCCCUGCCACUAACGUGAUGGGCUAUAUGGGACAGACUGCCACCUACCAGUAUCCCCCCCCUCCACCUCCUCCACCCCCCUCCCGCAAAUGAGAUCACUCACCGCUGGGGACCAGUGUAGACCUUUUGCAUUUAAAGGAACCUUUUAUUUCUCUUCUUUCCCAUUGUGAUGUCUCUCUUAUGCAGGUUAGACUUAGAAUUCACCAUUCACAUCCCUUGAGCCCAUCAGAAGUGGCCCCCAGUCCACAUUACUGACCCUGUCCUCCUUUUUUUUUUUCCUUUUUUUUUUUUUUUAAUUAAGAGAUAUAUAUAGCUGACUGGAAAAUUUAUUAUUUUUUGUCUUGCAUGUUGAGGAAAUUGGAAGUUUUAUUUUCUCUAAAAGAAAUGGGUAUAAAGCAGAUAGGUUCCAGCUUGAUCAUCUUGGUGUCUUAGGGUUUGUGUGAAAACUUUCUUUGGAGGGGAAGAAGUUGCUAUUCCGUAACACAUUCACUUAAAUUCAGGAAAUAUCAAAGAGGGAUAGGAAACUUUGGGAAGCCAAAAAGCACUUGAUUUAAAAUGAUAAAUGCAAGGGAGCAGUGCUCACUUCUCCUAAUCUUCUUUUGUUUUUUUAAUAGCUCACUCACUGCUUGUAAUCCGUCGUAGGUGACUUUCUAUAGGAAAACUCUGCUCAUUUGUCUGAGCUGAGCGGUGUUCAGAGUAAUGUCCCAGGUACGUUGCUGAGAGUUUUCUACAGCUCUGGAAGCAGUGGCCCCAUCUUCUGGUACCUGUAGCAGCCUGCAAUAGGGAAGCUGGGAUUAAAACCCCCAUGCCAGAAACCAAACCUUUCUUGGAUUCAGUACCUGAAAGCCAUACAGUUGCUCUAGGUACCACAGGGUAUGUUAGCCAAAGAAGUUCUUUCCCUAUAAUUGUUAAAUUGCAGCAUGGAAAACGCGUGGAGCUUGGUUAUCCUCAAGUUGGUUUCUGCUCUCAUAUUCUCGUUACUGGGUUUAUGGAGAGAAGUCUUAUUUGAGAGCCCAGAAACUAAACAGAACUGAGAUGAUAAAUGGCAUUUCUUGUUUGUCCAUCCUUCAUGAACAAACAUACCUUGGGGAAUGUUCCGAAUGCUGCUGCGCCAGAUAAAAUGUGACAGAGUUUUCCACACUUAAAUUUUAGAGGUUUGAAUAAGGUGGGCUGGGAAUGGGAGGGCAAGGGGAGGAAGGGAGGAGGAGGAGAUUGCCUGGGAAUCUUUUCAUGAGGUAAGCGGUGAGCUGGUUAGUGCAUCUGGAUUCUGAAGCUUGAUUUCUUUUGUACCUUGCUCUGACUAUUGCUUUUUCUGGCUUUUGAGUGCAUUUCCCUGCUCCAUUGGUCCCUUUGGGCUGAGCUCUUGCAGGUAGGUAGCAUUUUAGAAAAUGUUAGAGAAGAGUGAAAUUUUAGUAAAUACGUAAAUAAAACUUGUUUAUUUUACAGGCUAAGGUGGGUGUGAGGGGGUUUCCCCUUUAGUAAAGCAUGUUGUUGACUUGUUAUUUCUAAUACCAGACGGUUCAGAGACAGUAGAUGAUAACAGGAGUUGGCUGCUCUUGAUCUGAUAAUACGACAAAAGAAUGGGUACAUCUUCUGCUUUGUGAAGCAUAACCUUUGCAUUACGAGAGUGCAGAGGUUUAGGGUUUUCUUCUGUUGGCGUUCUUGCAUAUGUAUGAACAAGGCAGCCUGCUCCUGUAGUAGAGUGGAACUUCUUAUAGCCCAGGAAGAGACCUUGCUUAUACAGAACUGAUUUCUUUUUUAAUUUAAUUUCUUCCCAGAGUAAAAUUUGGGGGGGGGGGGGUGAAUGCGCUUUUUUUUAUUUCUUUUGUUUUGUGCAGUACACAGGUAGGUUCUUGACACAGAAGGAAAAGACAGAGAUCUGCCAGACCCUUGUUUCCCACUUCUAAUUCCAGUAUUUGGGCAGGAAGUUUCUUUGCUUGUGUUAAGUGAAAGCCAGAAGCAUUUAGUUUAUCCAGGCCUGACUGAUUUGUCUUUGGCCUCCCUCACAAGCAACUGUAGAGGUUUGGGGGUUUUGGUUUGGGGUUUUUUUUCUUUAUUUUUUAAAUCUGUGCAUUCAGUGCAGAAAUGUGUUCAAGGGUCGGAGGAGUAGGACAUCUCACUGACUGGCUUUAAAAAGGGUCUCUGGACCACCAAAGCUGCCUUAUAGUCUGCUUUCACUUCUUUUGGGCGGACUUGUGCAGAUGUAAACAUCUAUGCCAAGUCUUGCAGUGCUUCAUUGCCAUCGAAGGUCAGCUGUCCUCCAGGGUCUCAGUUCCAUUCAGAGUGUUAACCAGACUGUUGAAUGCUUAAAUGCACCGUGGCAUGUGCUGCCCCUGUCCCACCUGGUGCUCUCUGCUCUGUUCCAUAUACCAGCUGGAGGGCCCUUGCUGAUAAAGGCAUUAGCAUCUAGUAUUGUUUCAGUCUGCUUGUUUUCAAUCUGUAGAAGUUUGUGGGAGUGUCAAAUGAGUUGGGUGUCUCCCCCCCUCCCACUUCCUGAAGCAAUUUACUGUUUGGACUUCUCUGAACAAUUGGAAGGGUUAGUGGCUUUGUGUGGGAUCAGCAUCUUGUUUCACACACCUGCUGGUCUCUGAACACAUUCCUGUUGUAUUAACGAAGACUUGAAUUGAGAGAUUCAUAGAUCUGUGGUGUUCAGACACAGGAUACUAAGACCUAUGUUACUAUUCUUAGUUUGUAAAUUGUCCUUUUGAUACCAUCUUGUUUUCUUUUGUAGGUAUAAAUAAAAACACUGUUGACAAUAAA